AUGAGGAUUCAAUUCGAUCAAUUGUUAAGCUAUAGUGAUGAAGAAUUCUCCGAUGUAGAAAAUUCUUCCACCACUACAACAUCAUCAUUAAACAAAGAUGAUUAUACUUUUAUCAAUGAAGAUGAAGAAUCAAGUGGAGUUCCCCAUCUUUAUUUACCUAAAACUAUAAAUACCGACAAAUUUCCUAUUAAGGUUUCAUCUGAGAAUGAUAAUCAAGCCAUCGUAUUAUUAAACAAAUCUAAAGUUAAGUCUUCAAAGAAGGAUUCAUUGAAAGAAACUACAAUAGACCCAGAAAUUACGGAAUUAUUAGAAAGAUUAAAUUUGAAAUCUAAAUUGCCAAGUAGAUACGAUCGUCAACCUACCAAAAUUGUUAAAGAAUUAAAAUAUCAACCAUUAUAUUUAACCUGCAACUCUGAGACUAGUACCAAUGAUGAUACAAGUUUAGAUAAUAAUACUUCACAGACUAAUGUGGAUACUACAUCUGUUUCUGACACCUUGCAUUCAAUUAAUGAUUCAUUCUUAAAGAAAUUAAGAAGUUUAGAAUUAGAAAAUAAAAAUCAAGUUAAUAUUGCCAAAGAUCGUAAAAGAAAGGAAGAAGAAGAAGAAAGAAAACGUAAAGAAGAAGUAGAGAGGAAGCAUAGAGAAGAAGUAGAGAGAAAACAUAAAGAACAGGAGCAAGAAAGAAAACGUAAAGAAGAAGAAGAACUUCGUAUUAAAAAGGAAAAAUUAGCAAGACAAAAACAAUUAGAAGAAGAAGAAAGACAGAAAGCUGAAACUAUUCGAUUAAAGAAAGCAGAAGAAGAGGAAGCUUUAUCAAAGGCUAAACUUGCCAAAGAACAAGAAGAUAAACUAAAGAAAGAAGCUGCAGAAGCCUCUGCCAAGAAAGAACAAUCGAAUAGAACAAAUACUAAGGGUAAAUUCACUACUGAUUUUAAUUCUGUUGAACAAGUUUUUAAAAAAUACAAGGAUAAGAUUAAUUCUAUAAAGACAGAAAUUGUCCAACCUGUUAAAAAGGCAGAUGUUAAUACUAGAAAUACAUUAUCACGUCACAAGAGAAAAAUCAAUCCUAAAUUCGGUCAAUUAACUAAUAGCUUACAACAAUUAACUAAUGUUCAAAACGAAUUAUGUUCAUUAAUUGAUCAAACCAAACCACAUGAAUUAUCAUACCUUUGGAUAUUAAAUUUCAUUUCCAAAGCUAUUGUACACCAAGCAGAGACAGAAGUUAGAGUCAAACCAGAAUCCGCCGUUCCAUUGGCCAAGUUAACUUUGUACCUAUUAGUACGAUACCCUGAAUUGAAAGAAUUAUUAAUGGCAAGAUUUGUAAAGAAAUGUCCCUUUGUCAUUGGUUAUACUUGUAACAUUGAUACUGAAGAUGGUAGACUAAGAAUGGGAUGGAAAAGAAAAUCUGAUAACAAAUGGGAAGAAGAAACCUCUUAUGAUGAGAGAUUGGGAGGUAUGACUACCUUAUUUUCCGUGAUAACCCGUCUACCGUUAGCACCAGAGUUUAUCAAUACACAAGAACAUCCCUUACCAAUUUCAUAUUCCUGGAGAAUGGUAGCACGUAUAGCAAACACAAAUCUCAAAUUGAUUACAAAUUCGCAUUUCGUUGUCCUGGGAUGUUGGUGGGAUGCAGCAGCAUCACAAUUCAUACAAGCAUAUUCCAGACAAGCCCAAAAACUAUUAUUCCUUAUAGCCAAUGAUUUAACAGGUGCAUUAAGUCAGCACAAAUAUGUUGGUGCUGCAAGAUUGCUGAUUUUAUUCGAAGAAUGGCAAAGAGGUGCUAUAAAAACAUUCCCAGAUAUGAUUGCAUAA